AUGGAGACGGCAGUGCCUGUUCCGUGUACUUUUUCGAGCCAUGAUUUGGCAAAUGUCACUCACCGACGGAUGAUGGCACCGCAUCAUGAGCAGAACAUCACCUAUUACUCGAACCCGGCGCUCUCGUACGGAGCACCGAUCCAGUCGUCCUCUCUCGACUUUGGCCAUAUCCUAAACACGAACCAGCACCCUGCAGCAUCUUACCACGGGUUCUUUGGGCAGAACCACCACUCACAGCAGCAACCUCCUCCUCCGCAACAGCAGCAGCAGCAGCAUCCGCAUCACCAACCGCAUCACCCGCAACAUCAACCGCAGCACCAACCUCAUCAGUCUCACCAACAGCAUCAACCGCACCAACCGCAUCAGCAACAACAGCCGCACCAACCGCACCCACACCACCAACAGCAUCCUCAACAACAACCUCCGCCUCCGCAUCCGCAACACCCACAGCAUCCGCAGCAUCACCCUCAUCCACAACAUCAGCAACCGCAACCGCACUUGCCACCGUCACAAUCGCGGCUUCCGCCAAACCAACCGGCAGCCUUGCAGCAACCGAUCCCAGAUACGCGACAUGCGAAGAACGGCGUGUCUCGCAUGGUCGGGACGCCGGCCACGAGAGUUGAAGAGACACAGCCUACCCGUGCACCCAUGGAACAACACAACCGAAGUGCAGAAAUCAGCAAGCUACCGUCCCCGCCAGGAAGCAAGCCCGAAGUCGAGUUCUCUACCGAAAUCGAUACCCUUAUGAGGGCGAUCCAGUCGAAGCCGCGAAGCACGUCGCAAACCCAGCUACAACUACCGCCGCUCCAAAAGUUCAACAAUUCUGCAUCGACACCGGGUAACGUUUCCAUGCAUGGCGGCGCCCCCGAGUGGGCUCAGCCGAAUUACGGAGCUCCCAUGUCACAAGAGCAGGCCCAGCAGAUGCAACAGCCUGGCUAUGCUCCUCACCAACAAGCCCGGGGUACGACAAAGCAGAAAUCACGGCGCAAAUACGAGUGCACGCUUCCCGACUGCCGCAAGAACUUCACCCAAAAGACCCAUCUUGACAUUCACAUGCGAGCUCACACGGGUGAUAAACCAUUCCUCUGCAGCGAGCCUGGAUGUGGCCAACGAUUCUCCCAACUAGGAAAUCUGAAGACCCAUGAACGGCGGCAUACAGGAGAGAAACCUUAUUCCUGUGAUAUCUGCCACAAGCGUUUUGCUCAACGUGGAAAUGUUCGCGCUCAUAAGAUUACCCACGACCAAGCAAAGCCGUUUACUUGCCGGUUAGAUGAUUGUGGGAAACAGUUUACGCAACUAGGAAACCUCAAGUCUCAUCAAAACAAAUUCCAUGCACAGACUCUACGGAAUCUCACUAUGCGUUUUGCCAUGAUCACCGAACCCGACAGAAUGAACCCACAGGAUGCGGAAUUGUGGGAGUACUUCGCCAUGCUCUACAAAAACAGCAACAAGGGUAUCAAAGGCCGUGGGAAAGACCGCCGCGUCUCAUCGACUGCAAAAGCUCGUUCAAAUUCCACCAAAACAAGUACCUCUGACACGACCGCCAAUAAUAUCAUGAGUUCCGCUCCUGCCCCAGCUCCUUCAAACAGCAGAAUGCCCACACAUCAGCUCCCGCUUGGCAAUGAGGAGGAGGCAAAGCUCAUGCGAGAGAGAAGUUACCAUCGCGGUACCUACCUUGGAACACCCAGCAGUGAUGACGUUGAAUUUCACGAGCAGAUGUACCAACGAGGUGGCCACUGA